AUGCGACCCGCUAACACCUCAGGGAAGGCUGUUGCGGACGCCGCGGGAGCGGAUGCCAUGGCUGCGUUAGGCCUCGCUUCGUUGCUGGGCCGCGUCCCGGCUACAGCGUGGAGAGCGGCAAGGUCACCCCUUCUGUAUAAUUCUUUGAGGAAAAUAAGUUCUCAAGGAGGAAAACCUGAACCUAGCAAACAACCUCUUAAGAAGCCGAAGUUACCAGAAGGUCGUUUUGAUGCACCAGAAGAUUCCAAUUUAGAGAAGGAACCACUGACAAAAUUUCCAGAUGAUAUUAAUCCUGUUACAAAAGAGAAAGGUGGACCCAGAGGCCCAGAACCUACCCGAUAUGGAGACUGGGAACGAAAAGGACGCUGUAUUGAUUUUUAAGCCACAUGUUUUACUGUAGUAUCUUUUUCUGAUAGUGUACAUCUGAAUUAACUUUUUUUUUUAUUAUUGUUUUUCUGUACAUCAUUUAUGUUUCCUAAUUUCUAUAAUGUGUUUUAAAAUAUAUGUGAUAGCUUUGGAAGAAAACAUGCUGCUAUAUAUUAGGAAAGAGGAAAUAUUUUUAUAUUAGCACAUUAAUUUUAAUUUAAAUCUUUUGGGGUAUUUAAGGGAUGAUUAG